UAACCCGUUUUCUCUGUCUUUUCUUUGGUCAAUAACAAAGAAUUUGAGACGACGAGUAGUUUUUGUUUUAUAUAAUUUAACCCGAUUGAAAUCGGCGGUUGUGUUGGGAAAACGAAAGGAGGAGGGUGAAUUUUAUUUUUAGUAAAAUUUAGGUUUUGAGAUUUUGGUUGGGUGGGUUGAUUUGAAGUUUUUAAGUUUGUAACUGUUUUAGAAUUAUGGGAUUAGGGAGUAAUUGUGGGACCGAUGUUGUGGUGGACGACGGUGGUGGUGGUGGUGGUACUGGCGGCGGUGAUGGAGAGGAGUCUCUCGGGUCGGUUUCUUGCUCGAUUUGCCUCGAAACGGUUGCUGAUAACGGAGAUCGGGCGUGGGCUAAGCUUCAAUGCGGUCAUCGGUUUCAUUUGGAUUGUAUUGGUUCGGCAUUCAAUAUAAAGGGUGCGAUGCAAUGCCCUAAUUGUCGAAAAAUAGAGAAAGGUCAAUGGCUUUAUGCCAAUGGUGGCCGACCCUAUCCAGAGUUUAAUGUGGAUGAUUGGACACAUGAUGAGGACCUUUAUGAUCUAAGUUUAUCUGAAAUGUCAUUUGGAGUUAACUGGUGUCCGUUUGGCAGCUUAGCACAACUUCCUUCAUUCGAGGAAGGAGAGUUAUCAUCAACUACAUAUCAUGAGUUACUGGGACAGAAUGCGAUAUUUUCCGAACAUUCGGCACCCACUGCUCAUCCAUGUCCGUAUGUAGCUUACUUUGGGCCAACAGUCCAUCCAUCAUCGUCGAAUCCCAGUGGAAGCGUUUCCGACAGUUCGAGUUUCAACAAUCACUGGAAUGGUCCAUCAGUGCUUGGUGAUGUACCUUCAUCUUACGCUUAUCCUGCAGUGGAUCUCCAUUACCAUAAUUGGGAGCAUCAUUCUCCGCCAUUUUCCACAUCUAAUGGUCGAAUUGGUAAUUCCAAUCAACCUUCAAAUCCUCCCGUCAGUCGAAGGUCAGCCAGGAGUAGCUCUGAUAUGCCAAGAUCCGGAUCUUUUAUGCGUCCAUUUGUUGUUGGGCACAGUUCUGGCACUAGAGCAGGGAGUUCAGUGGCAUCCUCAUUGAUACCUCCUUACCCUGGUAGCAAUGCCCGGGCAGGGGAUCGAUUUCAAGCACUCCAGGCAUACUAUCAACCACAACUUCCAAACACUUCACAGCCGAUGCAGACACCCAUUAUUUCCGGCUCCCGAAGGUCAAGCAGUCACCAAAUUCAUUCUCAAGUUGGGCCAGUGGCCUCAUCACCUGACCAGAUGGGUGGCUUCUAUUUCGUUCCAUCGGGUACUCCAGUCCGUAACAUUCUAGAUACUGGGAAUCCUCAUUCAACUCGGUUCCAUGCUUGGGAAAGAGAUCAUUUGCCCUCAUUUUCAAUAAACCAGGUUGACCGGGAUCCAGGUUGGGCCGCAGUCCAUCAUUCCGCUGUUGCAUCCAGCAGCUUCCUCCAACGGCACGGUUUUGAGAGGACGCCUUCUCGAAACUAUUCAUAGUAUUUCUUCCUUUCAAAAACUUUUUGGGUGAAGCAAACCAUGUCUGCAAUGAAUGAAACCAAAGACUUCUGUAUGCUUAAAGAGAAGAUAUGUGUUUGCUUGAGAGCCCGUCAAUCCAUUGCUCCAAAACAAUAUUUUUGGUGCUCACAUGGCGGUGUCCUGGACUUGGCUUCCUUUUUUGUUCCUUUUGCUGAGGAUAUAAAAUACUUCUUU